AUGUCCGCUGCUGCAGGCGCUCGCGUGGCUGGCGCCAUGCGAGGCUGUGCCAGACCGCCUGCCCACUUGACGUCAGCCUCGCUAUCAUCGCAUGUCCAGUUUUGGCCCAUGCGCCAGCCCAACCGCACGACCUUCGAAACUCUAGUCACACAGCCGCGGCAACUGCAGCAGCAGCCUCUUCCUCACCUUAGCUACAUCACCAGCCCGCACAUCCCGCCGCCGCCACCACAACAUCUGCGCUCAUUAAUCCUUUGUACCGCUUCAUCAAAGUCCAGUGGGGCUUCUCAGGCCGCCCAACGCAGCGCGGUGGAGCCACGCUUGCCGACCACAGCUACUGACCCACGGGACGAUCCUGAGGGCGCCAGUAGCAGCAGUAGCAGCCGUAGUAGCAGCAGUAGCACCCGGCGGCUUCAGGGGCGCACUGCCGUCCCGGCAGCGACAGACGGGCCCUCCUGGCCAGCUGACGGCCGGCCGGACAGCGAGGACCGCCGCUCCAUCACGUUGCCGGAUGGUUUUCGUGACAGAGCUCACCAACAAGAGUCGACAGCGGCUGACUUGGGUGGUGGUGCUGCUGCUGAGGAGGAGGAGGAGGAGGAGGGGGCAGGUAGUGGUGGUGAUGGUGGUACGGAUGGGGAAGGAGAGUACGACGAAGAUGAAUACGACGAGGAUGGCGAGGAUGAGGACGAGGGCGAUGACUACGCGGGGUCGUUCUUGGAGCCGGAUGACGCCCCGCGGGAGGUCGCCACGGGCGGCACGACCUGGGGGGAGGUGGUGCUCAGAGCGGCACAGGAGGUGCUGGCGAAGCCCCCCAUGAAGGGUUUGGAGCUGUACCUCUUCCGGGCGUUACCCGCCACUCGUAAGGUGGACAUACGUCUGGACAAACUGGAUGACUUGUACGGCUCGCCGUCCAUUGACGACAUCGAACGAUUUCAGCGGGGGCUCCUGGCGGCGCUGGAGCGGGAGAUGGGACCGGAAGCCGCGGGUGAGAUUUCCUUCGAGGUGUCUUCCCCCGGCGCGGAGAGGCUGGUGCGAGUGCCAGAGGAGCUGCCUCGCUUCGCCGAGCUGCCUCUCCAGGUGGAGUACCGCACCCCGGACGGCAAGGAGGUCAGCGCUGUGCUGCUGCUGGCGGGUUUGGACCCCUCGGGCAGCACCAGCUCCUGGCGACUGGCCAACGUGAGAGCCAACGCGACCGUCAAGGGCCGGGCCCUGUCCAAGAAGCAGCUGGGCCAGGUGCUGACGCUGGCGCUGGCGGAUAUCGUCCGGCACCCCCAUCAGGACCUCUUAAAUAAGCCCAGGGAACACCAUUUACUUUGGUGA